CCAGGCUUAUGCCACCUGCCUCUGCUGUUUCCUGGAAGGCUGAGUCCAGGCAGUUCCCCAAGUGUUAAUGAGCACAGCUUCUUUCUGCUCUGGCCCCUGGGGAGCCCUGCCCUGCUGGCCAGCACAGAGAAAUCCCAAAGAUCAAUACCCUCUCCUCCCUCCUUCCCUCCCUCCCUUCUGGGGGUGAGUGACCAUGGCCUGGAAUUUUAAUGGAAAAAUACAGCUAGGGGCACUGCUUCUCUCUCUCCUUGGAUGGAUCUGCUCCUGUGUCACUACAGCUGUUCCCCUGUGGAAGAAUCUCAACUUGGAAUUGAACGAAAUGGAGAACUGGAGCAUGGGACUCUGGGAGGUCUGUAUUAUCCAGGAGGAAGGGGCCAUAGUAUGCAAGACCUUUGAAUCCUUCUUAGCUCUGCCCCAGGAGUUCCGAGCAUCCAGGAUACUCAUGGUGGCCUCCAAUGGGCUGGGGUUCCUAGGUCUUCUCCUCUCCAGCCUUGGUUCUGAUUGUUUCCAGCUCCAGGGAGUCAGCUGGAGACUGAAGAAGUGGCUAAGAUUCUUCGCUGGGGUGCUAGCAGAGGUGGCGGCAGCCUCAACUCUUUUCCCUGUUUCUUGGGUAGCCUACAGCACAGUCCAGGAUUUCUGGGACGAACACAUCCCUGAAAUUGUGCCUCGGUGGGAGUUUGGAGAAGCCCUCUUUCUGGGCUGGGUUGCUGGAGUUUUUCUAGUAGUUGGUGGACUGCUCUUGAUCUGCUCAGCCUGGAUGGCAAAGGAUGAACCACUUUCACCUCCUAAUGCCUGUCCAUUAGCCCUUCCAACGGGGAGUCCAGCUGAGAUUCCAGAGAGGUUCUGCCACCCACCUUCAAGACACAGAGACCUGGUAAUUUAGGGCUGGAUCUUAUUAGAAAACCUGCUAGCAUAAAGAAUGCAAGAAUUAAAACUCUUUUUUUUUUUUUAUCCCUGCCUCUCCAUUACUCCUUACUGGUUUGACCUUGAUUCUGGUGGUGGUGGGAAUAGUAAUGGUGGUGAUGAUGGGAGUGUUCAUGUGCUUCUCUCAUUUACUAAGGAUUAACUCUUUUGGAUUCUGUAGAAAACAAAACUAAAGCAGAUACUUCAGACAAUCUGGAAGUUAUAUAUUGCCCCAAUAACUCGAUGAGCUUGAAGAAAAACUGCCCUAACUCUUAAAGUUGUAAGUGAGACAGCAUGGUACAGCGGGAAAAUGCUGGGUUUGCAUUCAGAUUUGUUCCAAGACCUGAGUCAAAUCUCAGCUCUCUCAUUUUUUACCUGUUACCUUGGAUAAGUCAACUUGUCUGGGCCUCAGCUCUCUCUUGUAAAAUGAAGGUGUUGAACUAGAUGAGCUCUAAGGUUCCUUCUAGCUUUAAAUUGGUGAUUCUUUGCUCUUGACCUAAAACAUGGACAAUUUGAAGUGGUGACCCAAGUAUGACUUUGCUGCUUCAACAUUUAAGAAGAAAAAUCUUAUGUUACAUUUUGAGACCACUUCUGGUAUGAAAAAACCAGCUGAGACUAUCUUCAACAGAACUAUGUCCAACCUUGCCAGCAAGGCCUUGGGACCUCCUAAAUGAUGUCAGUGGUUUCCCAACAAGGUCUGUUUUAAGCCGACGGCCACAGUGUGGACAUGGGGGAGAUGUUUAAUGGAGGGAACCAUCUGCUCCUUAGAAACAUAACUUGGUGAUCAUCUCAAAACCUGUGGGCUAUAGCUUAUUAGAGAAUACAUUUUUCCCCACUAAAAAAACAGUGCCCCAUGUCUAUGAAAAAACCCUUAAUCCUAAAAGGAAAUGUUCUCUACAGGGGGGACUCCAGCACCCUCUCUCUUGGGUUAUAGCAGGACAUGCCCCUACUACUAAUUUCUCCACAUCCUCAAUGGGGUAUAUUCAGAGGGCUGCAGAGACUUGCUGCAUUCCUCCCCAUCGGGAACUGUGAGCUCUAGAAAGCUGAUAAAAUCAAAGUCUGAAAUCACUCUUUACCCAGCAAUGGCCCCUUAACAGAUCUCUAGGAUUAGAGAAAUGCAGCAGGAUGGAUUACAUAUAGAAAAAAAAACAACUAAGGGAAAAUAAGCACUGAGAAAAACAGCAGCAAAAGACAACCUUUGGAAAAAAACCUAAUUAGUGUUGGGUCCUAAAUAAGGUCUUUGUUGCCUGGUGGUUCACCUGUUCCUGCUGUGGGCCUUUCAGUCCUCAUCCUAAUCCCAUGUUUGCAGCAUCACCACUACCCUGCCUCCCUAACCCCCAGCAGCUGAGAUUUGUUCUAUCACAAACAUGAGAUCACAGCUUAAUCUUAGUAAAGAGAAGUGAAUACCAAAGACUUGUUAAGCAAACAUUCUGUUUUCCUUAUGUUAUGCAUCACAGGGUACACAAGGGAGAGAAAACAGAGCAAGCAUUUCCAAAAUUGCAUCCCUUCUCCAAAAAUGAUAAAACUUUUCUACACCCAGGUGCUGCAUGACUUCAAAGCAAAGAGAUUUAGAAGUUCAGAUGCAAUUGAUGUUUUUACCCACCUGCAGUUGAAAAGAUAUGAUAAGGAAAUGAUAAGGAAGUAGCUCCUUGGGUCUUUAAAAUCAAAUCUGUGUUUACUCUUGUGGAUCUAGGACAAAUACUUUGUGAUUAAAGUUUCUUUUUUGUGAAGGGA